GUAGGGGGUGAGAGAGAGCAACGGGGCAUCCAGUGUGUUCAUAGAUACGCCAGCUCAUCUAUCAGAAAACAGAACGGUUCACUCAUCGCGGCAGGGAUCGGCAGUUUGAGAGGUCGGCUUCAGGUUUGGUAUGUAGAACACACUGGUGGACACACUGGUGGGCUCUCUGGAUAUUAAAGAGAUACAGGUCCGGUUUCCAGCAUGGGUCCCGUUCUGUUGGCUGGCAUCCUGUUCUUGGUCGGCUCCACGAUGGGCCAAGACUGCGUGGACAACGACGGUCGCUGUCCAGGCUGGGCCUCAAUUGGAGAAUGUUUCAAUAACCCGCAGUACAUGCUGGUGAACUGUAGACAGAGCUGUGGUGCGUGCCCCACAGACCCUCCACCGCCGACGGAUUACCCGGGAGUGCCCUGUGUAGAUCAAUCUGAGUACUGCGCAGAAUGGGAACUAGAGGGACAAUGCGACUCCCUCAAGUUCAACACGUACGCACGCUGUCGUGCCACGUGCGGGCUCUGCGACGGCUCUCGCGUGUGUGAAGACAUGUCCCCCUUCUGCCCGCUGUGGGCCAGCUAUGGACGGUGUAUGAAUGGUUGGAGUGGGGAUACGUGGACGAUGAACACCUGUCCAAUGAGCUGUGGACUUUGUGCGAGGGAUUGCUGGAGCUCCCCGUGCCUAAAUGGAGGGACCUGUAACGAACAGUACGCACCAGAUACCUACUCUUGCCACUGUACGUCCGAAUACACCGGGGAGAACUGCGAAACAAAUGUCGACGACUGCCAGAGUCCACCGUGGGGUUCCGACACGGCCUGCUUUAACGGCGGGACGUGUGUUGACGGGCUGGGGACCUACACCUGUCUGUGUCCGCCGGGGACAUACGGGAGACUCUGCGACAGUGACUGUGUUGUUGGUGACGGAUCAAACUACCGGGGCGACAUCAGGAUCGCGGCCGAUGGCUGGUGGUGCGGGUACUGGUUCAAAGGGAGAGAAGGCUACACCCCAGAAGCCUAUCCCGAUGCCGGGUUGGACAGGAACUACUGCAGAAACCCGGAUGGGAACUACGAAGGGCCGUUCUGCAUCACCAACCUCCCGAAAACAAAAUCUGUGUGUCAGGUGGCGACUUGUGACUGCUACGUGGACGGUACCACUUCGUACCGUGGGCAGGUGAACGUAACAAGGACAAGUCAGCCCUGUAUGGACUGGGCAGACGAUAUGGUCCAGCAAGUCUUGGGUUUUAUGGAAGUCUCCGAAGCUCAGAGAGCCGCCGCCGGACUGGAUGGCAACUACUGCCGAGACCCAACCGGGUCCGGCACGCUGGAGUGUUUCGUAGACGUUGGCUAUGGAGUGGACACGGAAGCCUGCAGAAUCGACGAAUGUCAUACCCAGUACUACGUUCCUGACCCCGUCACCUGCUAUAGCUGCGCUGCUGACCAGGACUGUGACCAGGAUCAGGACGAUCUCGUGGCUAACGGCGGCCAGUCUCGCGAGACUCUGUGUGAAAACGGUGCAUGCUGGAUAAGCUGGAGGUCCUCGGAUGACGGGAAAUACGGCGGCCACAUCCGCUCAUGUCAACAUGAGGACCUCGUCUGCAGCGAGGAGUACAUGGCAGAAACCUGCACAGAGAACGGCAACACAAAGGAAUGUCUGCAGUGCUGUAAGACUGACCGGUGUAACGGCGUGGUGCUGCAGGGCAGUGUCAUCAGCGGCAGUGAGAGGGCCACACUGCCAAAUAUGGUCAUGUUAGCUGCGUGCCUCGCAGCAAUGUUCAGCUCAAGAUAAUCAUUUGCGUCAAAUUUUGUUGUGUUUUCAUGCCCUCAAGUAUUGCUUGCACCGAAAAGAGCCAGUAUUUCUCAUCGUUUGCUUCAAUGUACUGUAUAAGUACUUUAUAAUUAAGUGGAUUUGUUGUGAUGUCAUUAUGAUUGUACCGCGUACAAAAGGAUUAUCUUGAACGUGCAAAAUGUGUUUUUUUAUUAAGCUAUUUUAAAGACAAAGCAUUCUGUAUAUAUGCUCCAAAGUGCAUUACACUGUGUACAACUCCUGUCUGUGAUGCAGGCAGCGUAGAGAUGGUUCA